AUGGCCUCUGCUACUUCCACUCAUGCAAACGCUGAUGUUGAGACGGAUAUUGUCACCUUGACAAGAUUCAUCCUUCAAUCUCAAGCUGCCGCUGCAAACGCUAGUGGUGAUUUCACAUUAUUAUUGAACUCGCUUCAGUUUGCAUUCAAAUUUAUUGCUCACAAUAUCCGUCGUGCAACUUUAGUUAACCUCAUUGGUCUGUCGGGUACUGCUAAUUCUACUGGUGAUGAUCAGAAAAAACUUGAUGUCAUUGGUGAUGAUAUUUUUAUCAAUGCCAUGAAGGCCUCAGGAAAAGUUAAGGUACUUGUGUCGGAAGAACAGGAUGAUUUAAUUGUAUUUAAUGGUGGUGGUAGAUAUGCGGUUGUAUGCGACCCUAUUGAUGGGUCAUCUAACCUGGAUGCUGGAGUCUCUGUGGGUACGAUUUUUGGAGUUUACCGCUUGUUAGAUGAUUCAACUGGUUCCAUUCGGGAUGUUUUAAGACCUGGAAAGGAGUUGGUUGCUGCUGGUUAUACCAUGUAUGGUGCUUCAGCCAAUCUUGUCCUUACCACGGGUAACGGUGUGAAUGGGUUCACAUUGGAUGACUCGCUGGGUGAAUUUAUAUUGACCCAUCCUAACCUGAAACUUCCUCAGUUCAGAGGUAUCUAUUCCGUUAAUGAAGGUAACACAAUGUACUGGUCAGAUGCUGCUAAGGCCUAUUUUGAUUCAGUUAAGAAUCCCAAAGAUGGCUCCAAGCCGUAUUCUGCUAGAUAUAUCGGUUCCAUGGUUGCUGAUGUUCAUCGUACCAUUCUUUAUGGUGGCAUUUUUGCUUAUCCUGCAGACAAGAAAUCUAAAAAGGGCAAGCUUCGUCUUCUUUACGAGGGCUUCCCAAUGGCUCUUAUUAUUGAGCAAGCUGGCGGUGUAGCUAUUAAUGAUAGCGGUGAUCGUAUUCUUGAUCUUGUUCCUCAACAAAUUCACGAGCGUAGUGGUAUAUGGCUUGGCUCCGAAGGUGAAGUUCUUAAAGCCAAAUCAUUCCUGGUUCCUGAAAAAUAG